AUGAACAAAGGCUGCUUAUGGCUCCUUCUAAACCCAUCUGCAAGAUCCCAAGGGAAAGCUGAAGUUUUUCAGAACAUCAACCUGACCUGUUAUUCAGAGGAUGGCAACCCAACACCUACAUAUCGAUGGCCUAGCUUUGAUUUCAAAAAUAUUUCACGACCCAAUCCUCCCAAGUCCAUCGAUGAGAAUGGGGUUUUGUCACUUUACGAUAUCUCCAUGGAGAACACUGGUUACUAUGUCUGCACAUCAACCAAUAAAGUUGGCUCACAAGCCUGUAUAAUGACUUUGGACCUCAAACCAUACCCCAUUAACUCAUGGUGUGUGGCCGGAAACAUUCCAAGCCAUGUGCCUGACUUGAGUGGUGUCUGAGCCCCAGCGUUGUCAGAUUUCAUGCUCUGGCGAAACUGCACAGU